AAUCCAACAUUCAAAGUAUCGGCAAAAUGGUGUACUACUUCUCCUCCAAUACGGUGUCACCGUCAGCCUUCAUAUAUGUCGGCAAAGACAAGGUUGAAAACGAAGAGCUCAUCAAAUACGGCUGGGACGAGGAUGUCUGGUUCCACGUCGACAAUCUGUCCUCGGCUCAUAUCUACGUACGCCUCCCUGAAGGCGAGGAUUGGGAAAAAAUGACAAAAGAGCUACUAGUCGACUGCGCGCAGUUGACCAAGGCGAACAGUAUCGAGGGAAACAAAAAAGACAACAUCACGAUUGUUUACACACCGUGGAGUAACUUGAAGAAAGAUGGCAGCAUGGCUGUAGGACAAGUCGGGUUCAAGGAUCAGCGCAAGGUCAAGCGCAUACAUGUGGAACAGCGGGAGAAUGCUAUUGUAAAUCGUCUCAACAAGACCAAAGUGGAGAAGUUUCCUGAUCUGAGAGAAGAGCGGGAGGCGAGGCGGGCGGAGUUGAGGAAGAGAGAUCAGAGUGCUUUACAGGCAAAGAGGAAAGAAGAAGCGCGCGUUGCCAAGGAACGCAAGGAGCUCGCAUGGCGAAGAGACCAUGCUUAUGACGAUGUUAUGACUGAGGAGAACCUGGAGGCGAACAGCAACGAGAACCGCGACGAGAACUUCCUCGAAGACUUCAUGUAAGACUCUCCUUGCUCAGACAUCAAGUGAGCGUGACUUAGUUUGGAUCGCGAAGUGUCAUGGAAGGCAGGCAUAUUCCCAUGCUUUCAUUGAGCAUACGGAUGUUGUGGUUAAAGGUAUCGUAUGCGGUCGUCUUGAUCUCGAGCUCAUCGCGAGUCCUGGACUGAGGUCAAUUGUGUCAUAUGGGAUGAUGACAGCAGUGGGACACAUACAUGGUCCUUGAUUGAUAAUUUUUUGUGCGGCCUCCAGUUUCCUGUACCCACCAGACGAACAGGAGAUUUUUCAC